AAUUAUUAAUUUUUUUGUUGAUUGGCUAGAUGCAUUUUAUCAAAAAUGACAUCUUGUAGUUGUCCCAGAGACGCCGGAUUACCUAACGUGCCGGAUUAAGGAACGGCCGGAUUAUAAAGAUUGCACUGAAAAAUGUCAUGUUUGCCCCUGCAUUACUUUCGGUGUAAUUAUAUAUUUACACCAGCAACCGGAAGUGGAAAGUAUACAGAUACACAUGUUUGGUAUCAUUUUAAAGGUCUUUUCGCGACCCCCAAAAUUGUACGGAGCAAAAAAUUUACAAAAAUUCAAGUUUCUGAGAAAAAUGGCAAAAUGUAAAUUUUCUGGUAUUCGCACCCUUAUGAAAAGGGUUCCCACUAACCUCUUAAAGUGGGAACUCUUUGAAAAUUGUUUGUUAGGCUUAGGAUUUCGAGAAGCGUCAUGCAUAAUUUGGUGCUUGUAUCCGGCACAUAAAUAUCUUUUCGCGACCUCGCACCUCACCUCACUGUAAGCGAAGGGUGAGUACUAAGACGGAUCAAUUAUACACUACUAUAAAACUCGUCAGUCAACUAAAGUUCCCAUCAAAGAACCUACGGACCCUACGAAUAGAUAGCAAAAAUACAUAAAAGGCGUUUUAAUUAUGAGAUAUCUAGGGCCUUUACCAUUACAGAUUAUGCCCUACCAUCUAGAGGAUGAAUAAGGUACCAACAACAUUCCAAGUUCCCAACCAUCAGCAGACCAACAGAAAAGGAGGUUAUGUACAAAAAUUACAGAGUCAGGAUACAGGCCUUGAGGCCUCCUAUGUGAUACUUAUUAUAGAGCUCCGACUGUAUGAAUGUUCAACUUGAGCCAAAAUAAAUUUUUAUCAAAUCAAUAACCUCAUUUUCCUUCCGUUGACCAUUUGACAAAGUUCCUAGGAGUGAGGUUUCCUUUGUAUAGGCAAUCAAAUUGCUAUCGACUAUCUGAGAAACAUGAGUGAAAUAAUGAAAAUGAAUGGUAAAUUAAUAGGAGAAGGAAAAACGCCUUUCCUUAUAGGCGUUUCAGGUGGAACAGCUAGUGGAAAGAGUACAGUAUGUAAAAGAAUUAUGGAAAAAUUGGGACAAGUCAACAUGGAUCACACUAAACGACAAGUGGUAUGCAUUUCCCAAGACAGUUUUUAUAGAGAAUUGAACAGUAGUGAAAUUGCGAAAGCCGAAAAGGGACAGUUCAAUUUCGACCAUCCGACUGCAUUUAAUGAUAAGCUUAUGCAGAAAACGUUACUAGAAAUUCUAGCAGGCCGUAAAUGUGAAUUACCCACUUACGAUUAUCAUAAUCAUGCUUUGCGUCCUGAUGAUACUGUUACAAUUUAUCCUGCCGAUGUUGUAUUGUUUGAGGGAAUUCUAGUUUUUUACUUUCCUGAGAUUCUGAACUUGUUUCACAUGAAACUGUUUGUAGAUACAGACUCCGACACCAGAUUGGCACGAAGAGUUACUCGUGACAUUAAUGAGAGGGGACGGGAUCUCGACCAAGUGUUGAAUCAGUAUAUAAACUUCGUUAAACCCGCCUUUGAAGAAUUUUGUUCUCCCACUAAGAAGUUUGCAGAUGUAAUAAUCCCAAGAGGGGCAGAUAAUACAGUGGCUAUUGACCUUAUAGUCCACCACAUCUGGGAUAUUUUACAUGGAAAUCCAUAUCCCCAUGAGAAAAAAAUGGGACCUGCACCAUUAUUGAAGAAUGGCAUACUUAAUGGUUCAUUAUAACAUUAAACAAUAUUGCACAUUGCAAAGUAUUAACUGGGCAUUUAAUAAUACAGCACAAAAUAAUUGUUGAUAGCUCGACAAAAGCUCUGAAACUACACUUCUAAUAGCCUGUAGUUUUGCAGAUAUACCUUUAUUUGUUCCUUAAGUUAACACAAUUGUUUACUGCAUUUUUUAAGUCAAAUCGAACAAAUAUUUGUUUAUAUAUUGUUCGUUUUCAAUACUUUAAUUUAUAAUUUAAACAAGGAAAAUGAUACUAGCUACCUACUGAUAAAGAUUGUCAAAUACUGAAGUAGACAAAUUCGUCUUAUUAAUAUAUUGUCAAAUUAGAUAGCUAAAUGUUGUGUAUUACUCCUUUUGUAUAUUUCGUUGAAACCAUUUUACAUUGAUGUUAGAAAGUAAUCAUUUACAUGCCGCAAUUGUUUAUACGGUGCAUGCAUCAUUUGCAUCUUCUAUUUUAUAGCGUUAUGAAUAAUUUGUAAAGGCAAUGCCAGUCUGGUUGUCUAGAAUUAACAAAAAUUUCCAUAUCUUAGUUAUGUUACAGAGUAGAUUCUUUAAGAUAUGAAAUGUGUGUAUAUGAAUAAAUUUCAUCCAGUGAUUUUGUAAAAGUUCCACUUAUUCGACUGGAACCUCGUAAAUUACAUUUAGCGUUAGGUUGCACUGAAUCUCAAAGAGAUAAAAUUAGCUCGUUUAUCUGCCAAAUCACAUACUCUGUGUAUGUAACCCUUCAUUUUUCUUUUUCAAUCAGCUAUUAAAACGAGUUAAUUUUAUUUUUGUGUACUGUACCUCCAUUCACAUAACUACAAGAUACAAAUAUGUGUUAUGUCGAACAUAUUUUCAGUUGAACUUAUUGGGAACAGAAAUGUGAUACUUUGUUCUAAGAAUAAACAUUUCCCUACAUCUACAAUGAAUUUAAUACAUAUUGCUGUGAUUUGCAUCAAAAUUUAUUAGCACAAAUGUUAUCGUUUACAGCAUACUGCUGAUGAGAUACUGUUCUACUAUACUUAGCUUACGUAAACUUUUUUACUAACGUCUUCUUACAAGUUUGUCAAUACUAACAGUAAAAUAAAUUAUUUCCAGAAAACUUAA